AUUUUUUUUCUAAUCAGGAACCCUAGAAAUGAAAAAUCCCCAAUUUUGAAUGGAAACCCUAAUCAUAAUCCGUUUUGAUCUUUGUGGAUCCUCCAUCUUUGCGCACUGUCGGAUCAUUCUCCGGACCUCACUCUUCUUCGCCGGAGGUUGAAUUGAUGUUGCUUGCGUGUUGAUUUACUGGAACCAGCGGUGGGGGGGUGGGGGGGGUGAGAGAGAGAAAAGGGCUUAGAUAGGUGAAGAGAGAAUAAAUUGUACAGAGAAUGGGGAGUCCUGGAUCUGGUGCGGUUGAUUAUGCUGUGGGAUCGAUCGUGUGGGUUCGAAGGAGGAAUGGUUCAUGGUGGCCUGGUAAAAUCUUGGGUUCUGAUGAGCUUUCAUCUUCGCACCUUACAUCACCUCGAUCUGGAACUCCGGUCAAGCUCCUCGGAAGAGAAGAUGCCAGUGUCUUGAAUACUGAAGAAAGGGAUUGGUACAAUUUAGAGAAGUCCAAGCGAGUAAAACCAUUUCGAUGUGGUGAGUUCGAUGAUUGUAUUGAAAGGGCAGAGUCCUCACAAGGCAUGCCAAUAAAGAAGAGAGAGAAAUAUGCGCGAAGGGAGGAUGCUAUUCUUCAUGCUCUUGAACUUGAGAAGGAACUACUGAAUAAGCAAGGAAAACUUAACUUAUAUUCUGAUCAAAUGACUAUUGAAUCCCCUGGUGCCACUGCGAAGGAGGGAAUACUUUUUUCAGAAUAUAUAGGAACUGAUGAUCACAACUAUGGACAUUCUGAAUCACACCAAUUUUCUAAGACAAUACAUGUAAGCUAUGACAAUGAAAUUACGGAACCAUGUCUUAAAGCAAAUGAAGGAGCUCAGCGUAGUGGUGAGGAUGAACAUUCUGAAUCAAGACCGAGAAUGAGAGGCUUGCAGGACUUUGGACUCAGAAUUACUUCUUCCAAAAGAAAGGUUCUAUCUUCUUCUGUUGUCUCGAAUGGUUUUGAAAUGCUUGCAACUGAUACCAAUGUUCUGGUUCCUCCCGGUGUUUGUAACAUUGGAAAUGACAGUGAUGCAAAUGGGAUGCAGCAAAUUGAUCGGGCGAAGAGGAGCAAGUGUAUGUAUCUUCCAGCUGAUUCUAGUGAUUCAUUGGAAUGCAGAGAAUCUUCUCUAGGUCAAGUUGAGAUGUCAACACCUGAUUUAGGACCUGGGGUUAUGCCUUCCCGGCCUGAUUCCCUUCUUGAAGAAAAUGCUUCUGGUUCGUCUGAAAAUGAUUCUUCUGAUUUAGAGACUGAUUCCGAUUCUUCCAGGUCAGAUCAGGACAUGGAUAAUGAGAUGACUGCACUUUCAGAUUCUACCUUGCCUUCAGAAAAGGAGCCGAGUACUUUUGAAAGAACGGACACACGAGAGCAUGAAAAUAUGAGCAGUGAGGAACCUGAUGAUUCUGUACAUUCUGGUGAUAUGUCUCACCUUUAUCAUCACGACCCUGUAUCUACUAAUGAAGCAGUGUCUAAGUGGAAAUUGAAGGGAAAAAGAAAUGUUCGUAAUUUUUCUAAAAAACUCGUUGGAGUAGAUGAUGAACCAUCAAGUCAUCUAUGGGUACAUGCCCAAACGAGACUCAAUAAUAGGAAUGAUUACUUUGAUGAUAGCAUGGAUGGAGUUGAUGCAUUGGAAGAGGAAUAUUACUUGACGUCUAAAAUGGUAUCAAAAGAUCAAUAUUUUGUCAGAAAUUAUUUGCCUGACUGGGAAGGUCAACCUGCUUUGAAAGGAUAUUGGGAUGUAAAAAAUCCCUUAUAUGGUAUACCUCAUCAUUUUGGUGGAAGGCCAAGAACUAUAUUAAUAGAUGUUGAUCUGAAGGUCCAUGCAAGUUACCAAAAAGAGCCUGUUCCUAUCGUAUCACUUAUGAGCAAGUUAAAUGGGCAAGCUAUAAUUGGGCAUCCUAUUCAAAUCGAAACUCUUGAAGAUGGUUUUUCUGAAACUAUUCUUUCUGAUAGUCUAGGCAAUGCACCCAGUGAAAAUGAUGGAAGCACAGCGCUCCAACCAGCUUGGAGGACUGCAAGGAGGACGGCAAAUGUUCGUAUCCCUCGGCCUCAUUUACCAACAGUACCAGAUGGUGAAGAAGCUGGUUAUGAUUCACAAGAAAGGAAAUCAAGAUUGAAAAAAGUAAAAACUGGGGUCUACCUUUCGAAGGCAGGCCAGCCUCACAUUCCCCGGGGACCUUCAAAUGAUAGAAGGCUCCCAAAAAAGAUGGCUAAGAAAGUAAGCUUAUCAUCUAACCAGAAGACUAGAACUUUAUCUUCAAUAGAUGUUGAGCAGAAUUUUAGUAACAUGCCAAUACAUGAUAGUGUAAGUUGUCAAAUUAAUGGAUCUAUCAAACCAGAAUCUUCCGGCCCCCCAACUGUAGCAUGCAUACCAGUAAAAUUAGUAUUCAGUAGAUUGUUAGAGAAGAUCAAUAGGCCACCCUCAAAAGCUACUAAUAAUUUGGUAUUGUUAAAUAAUAAUUCUAAUAGAGAUCCUUGACAAGUUUACGUGUAUACUGUUGACAACCCAAACUAAAUGUAUAUCACCGGUGCCAAUUGAUUACGAUAUUCCCUGACCACAUGACCUAUUUUGCCAGCCCUGAUUCUUUUGGUAAAUCAAGCUACUAAGGAUGCUUUAGUUGUAAUAAGUAAUUAGAAUCGUAUUCUUUAGGUAGGUAAUUGUGAAUUUAUAGAAUGUAUAUCUUUGUUCAAGACAAGACGAUAGCUACUUCGAUCUGUUUUUACCUUGUUAGAAUUACAGGACUUGAAAACUGAAUACUAAAUAAAUGUAAAUCUUAUAUAGUUAUUUUAAGGGUGGAAAGUCUUCAGUUACAAGGGGAAAUUUAUUUGUAAAUAACUCUGGUCCCUGUACCAUUUGUAUGUUGAUUGUGCUAUGGCCACUUUUUUAGUUUGUGACUCUUUA